GAUCCUCUCAGCGCUAGAGAGACACACCGGGGUGUGUGAUCCUCAGCAGAUGAAGAAUUAUUGUAUUAAACAGCCAUCGUUUCAGUGUCUUAACCAUAGAGACACUGCAACCUCGACUGAUUUCCAUAAAGCCAUAAUGUAUUUGUAGUACGAGAAGAAGAAAAAUGUUCGUGGACACGGCAUUAGUCGUUAUUUCUUCAUUGAUGGGAUUGCACGUCACAGGGGGCAUCUCUGUGGACAAUGAAGUUUAUCAGAGACCGCAUCGGCGCUUGGCUAACGGAUUGACUGGCCCUGUAUACCAGCAUAUGGGUGUUCUCGGUCAGGAAAAGGCUUUAGGAUUUAAUGGGGAAUUGCUUCAGGCCCAGUCCCGUGGACGGCUGGCAAAGCUGAUGCCCGCAGGGUUUCUACGAUCCCAUUUCCAGAGAGCUCCACAGAGGCAAUCAGAUGUCAGCUUCCUGCAAAACACUGACCAUGUGGAGAACAAGCCUGUAUCUGCCCACCAUACGGUCACAAUGGAGGAGAAUGAUGACAUCGAGCUGUACGUGUCGUCUGUCGGAGCAUCAGAACCUGUGGCUCAUGAGGAAAUGAUCCGAUUGCUCAACAUCAACACCCUUCACCACAGCUCUGGGCCGCUUGCCACCACUGAAGCAUCCACUGAGAAGACCGUUUUCAAAGACCACCAUGAGAAGAACAGCGUUUGGGGUAAAGACGGCUUCUAUGUGCUGGUUAUCUGCCUCACAAUAUUCAUCAUCGUCGUCACCUGUUUAAUGGUGCUUUACCGAAUAAAGGAGAAGGAAUUCUUGGAUCAUCAGCUCAAAGACCCAUCCCCGCCCAGCCGGGACAUACAGCUGGCACCCAUCCCUGUUCAUGGUGCUCAGCCCCCUCUGACCCUCAAGAACAGUAUGGUCCAGGCCAACCAGACGUCCAAACCCAGUGCCACCCUUUCUACCAGCAGCACAAGCGCCCCAUCCUGUAACAUCAGCAUCCAUCCGACUCAUUCCAGCGUGACGGCGUCAGAGCCGCAGUGCCCACCGGGCCACUCUGUGGCUGAACUCAAACCCACUGUGUCCUCCACACAUUCACCCUUCAGGAUGAAGUCUGUUGCAGGCCUGCAGGAGCGACGUGGAUCUAAUGUCUCGCUGGUGCUGGACAUGAGUGCUUUGGGUUCCGUUGAGCCUUUGAGUAGUGGGGUCGUGACCCCACGUGAGCGUGCCACUCAGGAAUACCUGCAGUCAGCCGGUCGGGUCCUCUCACGGCAUCAGCUUCGUGACAUCACUCUGAACACACCGCUGCUGCAUGCAGAGUUUGCCGAAAUUCCAAUGAACUUUGUGGAUCAGAAAGAACUGGAUAUCCCAAAUCAUGGAUCAAAGAAUAGAUACAAGACCAUUUUGCCAAAUCCACAUUCCAGAGUUAUUCUGAAGAGUAAGAACUCAAACGACCUGCUCAGCAGUUACAUUAAUGCCAACUACAUAAGAGGCUAUCUCAAAGAUGAGAGAGCCUUCAUUGCCACUCAGGGUCCAAUGAUCAAUACGGUGAAUGACUUCUGGCAAAUGGUCUGGCAAGAGGACUGCCCUAUCAUCAUCAUGAUUACUAAACUGAAAGAAAAAAAUGAAAAAUGUGUUCUGUACUGGCCUGAGAAGAGGGGGAUCUAUGGAAGGGUGGAGGUCUUCGUUAAUAAUGUGAAGGAAUGUGACCACUAUAUAAUCCGCUCCCUUACACUAAAGCAAGGAGGCCAGAGUCGUAAAGUGCAGCACUACUGGUAUACCUCAUGGCCGGACCAUAAGACCCCAGAGAGCGCUGGACCCCUGCUGCAGUUAGUUAAUGAUGUUGAGGAGGACAGGAGAGGCUUUACAUCCCGUGGGCCGGUUAUUGUACAUUGCAGCGCUGGAAUUGGUCGGACGGGGUGUUUCAUAGCCACGUCAAUCGGCUGUCGUCAGUUGGAGUUGAAGGGAGUUGUGGAUGUGCUGGGAAUUGUGUGCCAACUUCGGACAGACAGGGGUGGAAUGAUCCAAACGGAGGAACAAUAUGAAUUUGUGCAUCAUGUCUUGAGUCUCUAUGAAAGCCGCCUUCCUGUGGAGCCUGGACCGUGAACAGCUAGAGGAGCUUCAUCGUUCAUACCAAGAGAUCUGCUAUUGCCAUGAGCUUUCUGAUUCAGGAGAGGAGACCGCAGAUAAUGUUUGUGAAGAUGGAUCUUUGUGGAAUUUUGUUCUGUGCGUGUCAAGGCAAGGGUUGCACACAUCACAACUGCCGGCAAAUGUAUUUCUUGGCAUAUUUUUUAAAUAGCCUCUUCCGUGCUUUCCAAGGCCACUAGUGUUAAGUGUCACUGUACAAGGUCUAGUUCCACUAAACAAUGCUUUUUAAAAACAGUAUAUACAGCAUAACAUUUUUUUAUAUCAUUUUCCUGAAUAUAUCUGAAUAUAGGCUUAAAUAUUCUCAAUUGUUUUCAUGAGCAGUAUAAAUUAGGUAUUAAAAUUCUGUGUGUCAUAAUACGAUCAUCAGAUGUAUUUUAUUAGAAUACAUAUUUGUUUUUCACUUUUGUACUUAUUGGUUAAUGGUUUGUAGGCAUAUUUUAUUCUGCUGAUGCUAAACACAAUUUUUAAAUAUUCAGAAUGUGUUUCCUGUGUUUCUGCUACUGAAUCUACAGUGGCGCAACAUAAUAUUUAGUUUGAGCUGCGGUUCACAGUCUGAACUGAAUGUUAUGAGAAAAGGACUGGAUGCCUCAGAAUUUCUUUUGCGUUGGCACUGCUGAAUUCACAAAACAACAGCAAACCCAGAACAAAUGACUUUUUUGAGUGGAUUCCUUUAAAUAACUAACACAUGUGGAAUUCAUCAACAUUUGAAUUGUUCUAGAGACUCACUAAAUCUGUCACUGAUUCUUUAGUGGAUCCUGAAUGAUUAAGUGGCUUAAAAAAAAGAGAAUCAAGAGGAAAAAAACAAACGAAUUUGGGGAAAAAAUAUUUCAAAUUUAAGAGGUGUUACUUGUGUAUUAUAAUUAUGAAAUAUUCAUAUUAAUGCAUACACAGUUUUAGUGUGAACGUUCAUGUAUGCUGGGACCACAAGGGUUUUGCUGCUAAUACUGCAUUCGUUUAUGGCUUUAGAAAUUAAAUAUGUUGUAUGAAAGUGAAUAUUUCUAAUACAUUCGUUUUCUAUCGUAUUUAUUAUUCUGAAAAUGAUUGUUACUAUUACCUGAUACUUUUAUAAACUAUGGUUAUUGUCAGUGUGCACUGUAAUGCUAUAUAUUUUCCACUGUGUGGGCUUAAUGUUAGGCAGUCAGUGACUUUUCCUAUUUAUGCUUAAUGAUGAUUAAUGUUAAUUGAAUUUUGUAAAUAAUAAACGAUCUAUCAUAACCACAAUAACAAGAUUAUAAGCUGCACAUAUAAAUGCCUCAGACAGUGAGGGUAGUAGUAUAAGCAACCCAAACUAACGAUCUGAGCUGUUUUUAUAUAAUACUUUUGUUGUGGUCGAACUGAUUAGUAAUGUGUAUUGGUACAGUAUGUAUAUUAGAAAUGCGUAACUUAGAAGUUUAACUUUAAGAACUAUAAAUUUAGAAGCUAUUGGUUAAUGCUAUACAGAGAGUUCUUUCCAUUUACAUUGUGUGUUUGGUCCUAUAACAAUGUUAAACCGUCACCUUAAGCCAUAAUAUCUCAUGUUUACAUUCUUGGCACUGCAAGUUCAUCCAAUAUGCCCAUCUGUUAUUACCUCCGUCAUGUGAAAAGUGUUUUUGUAAAGUGAAACAGGAAUUAUGAUUCUGACUUUAUGGUCAUUACUGCCAAUAAAUGAACCUGGGUUGUCAA